AUGAUUUUGAAAAGAUUUGAAAAAUCGCAGCAAACGUUGCUGCUGGUUUUGGGAACUCUCGGCUUGCUGCAACCUGCAUUUGGAGAAACUAUUGCGAUCGAGCAGAUCCUUUCGCUAUGCUGCCAGCAGGGUGAGGAAUGGGGUUUGCAGAGCCGGACAUGCUCCAGCUACAACGAAUCCCUGGAGCUGGUACCAGCUGGGCUGCACGGAUUGUGCCUAUCGACGAUCGAAAUAUGUUGCUCGAAGCAGCACAAAAUUUACCAAUGUACGGCCGGCCAUAUAGCCGCCCGGCAGGGCCGCAGCUGUUCCCCGAAAGGUGACCAGUCGGGAUCGGAAUUUUACACGGAUUGUUGCGAAGCGUGCAAAAUAGGGCUGGUGGUUGGCUCGAGUGCCAACAAGUGCUCGGUGGAACCGUUCGCCUUCGGCAGUCCCUGGGACGAAAUCUACGACGAUUGCUGCAACGACAUCAAGAAAAAAGUUGGACAAGAUGAGCCCCGUUUGUGUGAGCAAUUCCCUACAAUCUGCUCGCAGGUGUGCGAAAACGUCGAGGAUGGUUCGUAUGUAUGCAAGUGCCAUCCUGGCUUCGAGCUGAUGGAUGACAACAAAACCUGUGCGCCUGUUUCGGACGAGGAUAAUGAAGCACUCGAGCGGAAAAGCUGUUCCCAUGGAUACCAGUAUAAUAAGCACACGGGCGAGUGUGAAGAUGUCGAUGAGUGUGAGACGGGUGAGGCCACGUGUAACUCGGUGAACCAAGUUUGCCGUAAUACACGCGGAAGCUUCGUGUGCAUUGAUAUCCUCCCGCCGGACAUUGCCUGUGACGCAGGGUACGAACUGAAGAGUGGCAAAUGUGAAGACAUCAACGAGUGCGAGGAGGACGGUGCCUGCGACGAAGGAUAUCAUUGCGUCAACAUCGAUGGGUCGUACGAGUGUAUUGCUGUGGUGAAAAAUUAUCCAACUCCACCGAGGAAGAAGGUGGAAACGUGUACGCCUGGUUUCCGGAGACAUAAUGAUCAGUGCGUGGAUAUUGAUGAGUGUGCGGCCGAUAAGAAUGCCUGCGACAGCAAUCAGGUGUGCACGAACGAAAUCGGUGGAUUCAGGUGUGAUUGUAAAAUUGGAUUCAAUCUGGAUAGCGUUACGAACGCUUGCGUUGACAUCAACGAGUGUCAGGUGAACGCCCACGAGUGUCUGGAGACGCAACGGUGCGACAAUACGAUCGGAUCCUACACCUGCAUCCGGCUGCAAAGCUGCGGCACCGGGUACACUCUGAACGCUGAAACGGGCAACUGUGACGACGAUGACGAGUGUGCGCUCGGACGUCACAACUGUCGGCCACCGUUCGAAUGCUUCAACACCAAGGGUUCGUUCCGGUGUCGUCAGCUGUCCAGAUACCACACGCUGACCAGUACGUCCACGUCGACCAGCACCACUACGAGUACCACCGAGCGGCCAUCUUACCAAGGUGGUUACGGUCAGUAUCCAGCCUCGCGCUACUCGCCCUACCAGCCGCAUCUUCCACCGUGUGGAAUUGGAUUCGAGCGGAAUGCUAUGGGUGCAUGCGUUGAUAUUGAUGAAUGUGCACGAGGAGCUAGCUGCCACCGACAUCAGCAGUGCAUUAAUACGAAUGGAUCGUACCGCUGUCGCGACCUGCUGACCUGUCCAGUCGGAUACCGUGUUAAUGAUGACAUUACGGAGUGCUUGGAUAUCGAUGAAUGUGCUAGCGGUGAGGCAAUCUGUGGUCCGGAACAGACGUGCAAGAACAAGAAGGGAGGUUAUGUGUGCAUCUGUCCGCCGGGUCAUAUGAUCGGACGGAACAAGCGGUGCGAGGACAUUGAUGAGUGUGCCGUGCAUGGGUCGAAGGUGUGUCAGCAAAAUUCAAACUGCAUCAACACGAUCGGUUCGUACCGGUGUGAUUGCAAGGAAGGGUUUAAGAAUGGGCCGAACGAGAUGGUUUGCACGGACGUGGACGAAUGCAAGGACAUCCCUGGGCUGUGCCACCAGAGGUGCCUUAACUACUGGGGUUCGUAUCGGUGUGCGUGUCAUCCGGGUUACAGGCUAAGCCUCAACAACCGAACCUGUGACGAUGUGGAUGAGUGCGAGGAGUACAAGUCGGCCAAUCUGUGCGUGGGCAUCUGCGAGAAUACGCCCGGUUCGUAUGCUUGCCGUUGCCCGCAAGGCUACAAGCUGGGAGCUGAUGCUCGAAGCUGCAUAGAUAUUGACGAAUGCCAAACCGGAGCUGUAUGCAAUGGACGCCACGACAUUUGUACGAACAUUGGUGGAAGCUACCGUUGCACCACCAUCGAGUGUCCCUACGGCUAUAGACACGAUACGGAUCGUAGAAACCGUUGCCAGCGAAACAACCGGUACUGUAAUACCGAUGACAUGGAAUGCAUACGGAAGCCGCACUCGUACUCGUACAAUUUCCUAACGAUCGUGUCCAACAUUCUGCUGCCACCGGAGGGUCGCGGAUUGUUUACACUAGCCGGUCCGUCGAACUUCCAGAUGAUCGAUUUCGAUCUGAAGCUUGUAUCGGUCGAUGCGGCUCCGCACGUGAAAUCCGUCGAUAUUCACUAUUUCGGGCUCGAAAAACGAACGAACGAAGCACAACUCAAUUUGCGAAAGAGCAUCGAAGGACCGCAAGACAUUGAGCUGGAGCUGAGCAUGAGCGUGUUCCAGAAUGGUGAACUGUACGGCACUAAUGUGGCCCGGCUGUUCCUGAUGAUAUCGGCGUAUGAAUAUUAA